AAAGACUCAAACCAAAACCAAAGGAGUAACUGAAGAUAAAACGUUUCUCAACCCAAAAAAUCUCACACCAAAAUCAAGAAGAAGAAGGCGAAGAUGGCACUGUUCGUUACCGAGGAGGAAUUCGAGCUCUUGGAAAUGGAGGAAGAUGUUGAAGACUUGGAACUCUCGGUCUGGGAGUUUGUUGAUUUGGAAGAAGAUGAUAAUGAUGAUGAUGAUGAUGAUGGUGAGAAUGAAAUUGAAGAUAAUGGGUUUGGGUCUGGGUGUGAGUCUUCUCCGUUAGAAGAUCAUUCAAUCGAAGCCCGUGGUGUUCAUAUUCUUCAUCGUUUUGGUGAUGGUGGUUAUGGCUAUGUUAACGAUCAUGGGCAUCAUGAGGGUUCUAAUGAAAAGAAUGGUGAUCACGAUGUGUUUGAUGAGAACGAGGGCGAGAACGAGGAGUAUGAGGAUGAGAAUGAGGAUGAUGAGGAUGGUUCGUAUGGACUAAAUGACGAGUUGGUUCCUUGGUCGGUGAGCGACAAAUUUGGUGGGAGGGAGAGGAUGAGGAAAUUGGGGAAAAGGGGUUUCCCUAAGAUGUUCAAUUCGAAGAAAUCGCCUUACUUGUUUGUGAGGCCUGGGGUUGUUCGCGGUAAGCAUGGACUGGGAUUGAAGCACAGUCUCUAAUCUAAUCGAAGUAUGACCUUUAACUUCAAGAAUCGUUGAAAAACUCAACUGGGUACCUCCUAGAUUGUUGAAAUCUUUUCAAUUUUUUUUUCUAUUUGUUGUUGUUUUAGAUUAGAUAAGAUAGACUAAGCUUUAGGAGGGGGGGCUUUAUUUUCAUGGUGAUAUUGAGGGUUGGGUUGGCUUAUGUUUCACACCAAUCUCCCCUUGCUCACUGUUUGUUAAUUGUUAAUAUCCAUGUUAUCUGUAAUAGAAAUGAAAUGGUAUGUGAAUAUAUAAAUUUGCCCAGAAAAAAUGGUCUCUUUGUUUUGUAUGUUUGUUCUUUAUUUUUCAUUUUCAUUAUCUAUGAUCUUCAACUUUUGAUAAAAAUAACAAUAUUGGUGGUUUUGAAA